CAGCUGCAAUGACAGUUUGAACGACGACUGCUGAAAUCUGCUCCGAAUUUUGGGAGUCCGAAAUUCAUUUAGUUUAGCAGUCGAUUCAACUUCAAGUCGAACGUAUUUCAUCAAAGCAAAAAGAAAGAAUUGCGGUGCAUGAUACUUGAGUAUUGAAAUAACUUAUAAACUUAAGGCUAAAUUCAUAAGUUGGACCGACAAAACAGCUCUUAUUUUUUUUUCUAAAGUGGUACCUAAAAACUGGUACAAACAAGAAAUUCAUGCUGAUAAAUAGACUAAUAAGUAGCGCAAUUAAAGUUAAACUUCCCAAAAUGUCACGCCCUUUUCUGCCUCUAUUUCUAGAAGGCGUCGUUAUAAAAGGGUUUGGAAGAGGAUCCAAGGAACUGGGAUGCCCUACAGCAAACUAUCCUCUGUCCGUUGUGAAAUCCCUGCCAGAGCAAAUAGAAACUGGCGUUUAUUAUGGAUUCGCGAAAAUUGGCGAGGGACCAGUCUACAAAAUGGUGGCAAAUAUUGGCUGGUGUCCCUUCUACCAAAAUAAAGAGAUGUCUAUUGAAACCCACGUCAUACAUUACACCGGCCCAGACUUUUACGGAGAUUACUUAAAAAUUGCUCUUGUGGGAUAUUUGAGAGCUGAAAUGAACUUUGAUUCUGUUGAGAAGCUGAUAGAAACGAUCAAUCAGGACAUAGCGAAUGCUAUAAAGUUUUUAGACUACCCCGACGCACAAAAGUUGGUCAACCAUAAGUUCUUUUUCCCCUCUCAACUAGGGGAACAUUAAGUUGACCAGUUCCAAUAUUGAUGCUUAAAUGAAUUUAUUAUUUUUAUAACUGUUAUUUAUUAAGGACUUUUAGUAAAAUGUUAUAUUUACGGUUGUACAUGAAAUUUGAUGUUGCUGCUGUAUUUUAAAUUACCAAAAUAUUGUCUGAGAAUAUGAGCACAUAUUCAAAUACUUACAUAGCGAACUGUUUUUAUACUUGUGGUGAUAUUUUGAACUACUCAGCAAUACAGAUUUCCUUGUCCAGCAUUAACGUUAUUUAAUUUAUUUGUUUACAAUUUUUAUGUAUCAAUGUUAUGUUUCAAUGUUUUUGACAUUAUAUUUUAAUCUAUGACCAACUGCCAAAAACAAAUAUUAUUGUUUGAUUAUAAUUUAUAUCUUUUUCUAUAAUGAUAUUGUUACACAACAUUUGUAAUAAUAAUGAAUGCUAUUCACCAGCAAAUUGAAGCCUGCCUACGUACUUACAUAGUCAACGAAUGGAGUUUUUUAACCGUCGUUGGUAUUGUUUGAAUGGUUUGGCAAACGCCAUUGUCUUCAUUGGCGAGUUUCACGUCAUAAACAAGUGAAAUCCGAAUUUGCGUGGAAUUGCACGUUACCAUCGCGAUUAAAUUUCAUACAAAUUUACUUGCUCAAUUCGUAAACUCACUACUCUGGUGUGACCCCGACGUUAAGAAAAUAAGUUAAAACUCAAAUGAGGAAAUUAUGCGGUCGGUGUACUAAGCCAUCACAUCACUAAUUCAAUUCUAGAUAAACUUUAAAUAGGAAUAUUUACUCAAAUGUGUAUUAUGAUUAUUACGAUGAUGAUACGAUUGUUUUUUUUUUUUAUCUUUGUUAUCUAGCUAGCUAGCCCACGAUCAGUAUAAACCUACCAUUAAUUUAUUUCACAUGACUAAAUAACAGAUUAUGGAAGGUAAUUAAGCUUGUAACUCAAAUGUUUGCCAAAAUAAUGAAUGUACUAUGUAGCCAUAUUGAGUUGACAGCCCAUAUUACGUACUUAGAAAAUAAAUUGUGAAUGCAAAUUCCUCAACUUUUGUGAUACAUAUAUUAUAAUGUUAUAAUAAAUAUAUUUUUCAAAUA